UCUAAGACAUCUUCUGCUUUGAGAGCUCUGCCUGGAGGGAGCCAGCAGCACCAUGCUAUCUCCAGGCCACAUCUCUAGGCACCUUAUAGCGGCAUUAAUAAUACUUUCUGGACUAAUAUGUCAACUGGGAGAACCUGUGAAAACAAGACAGAAAAGGGAUGCAAACGCCGACCAGCCCCGAAUGUCAUCUGAAAAUGGAAAUUUAAUAUUUUCUGUAAGCCAAACGAAAAAUAUUGAAUUCAAAACCAGUUCCUAUGGGAAAAUUAAAAUGAAUGAUGACGAUCUGACUGAACUUCUGUCUCAGAUACAUAAAAAUAAAGAAGAAAUUGCUGCGUUAAAAGCCAGUGUUCUUGGAAAUAAUCAGACUGUUACAAACCAAAUUGCUAGACUCGACAGCAAGUUAAUUGAUAUUGAAAAUCGAGUUCAACAACUGCAAGAGAAAAUCAGCCAGAAGGCGUGCAAUAGUAAUACCUGCCAGAAUUCCGGAACGUGCCUCAAUCUCUUGGAUUCCUUCUUUUGUCUGUGCUCCAGUAACUGGCAGGGGCAAACCUGUGCUGAAGAUGUGAAUGAAUGUCAGCUUUAUGGCGGGACGGCGCUCGGUUGUCAGAAUGGAGCGUUGUGUGAGAACACACCUGGAAGUUACAGGUGCUCCUGUACUCCAGAGUGGUAUGGUCCACAGUGUACCUCCAAGUAUGAUGACUGUAAGGCCGGCUCUGUUGACCUCUGCGUACAUGGGAAAUGUAUAGAUUUGGACAGAAUACAACAAGAUCAGCCCAGGUACAGCUGUGUGUGCGACACAGGAUGGACAACGCCGAGUGGAAGUUCUGCCUGUACAGAAGAUAUCGAUGAAUGUUCUCUGGACAAUCCUCCCUGCUCCCAAAAUCCUCCAGUGCAGUGUUACAAUACAAUAUCUUCCUUUACCUGUGGACCUUGCCCAGGAGGCUGGCAAGGAAACGGAUACAGUUGUCAAGAUAUUGAUGAGUGUCAGGAAAACAAUGGCGGCUGUUCUUUGGCUCCACUGGUAAAAUGCAUGAACACUAUGGGCUCCUAUCACUGUGGCCCCUGUCCUCCAGGAUAUCAAGGGGACGGACGGUCGUGCAAUCAGGUGGACGCCUGCUCUGUCAGUAAUGGAGGAUGCCACCCGUUGGCUUCAUGUGCCCCAAGAGAGGAGGGCACUGUACCAAUCUGUGUCUGCCCGCCUGGGUACACCGGAAACGGAUAUGGGGAAUACGGGUGUCAGUCUAUCAGUGACAUUUGUCUGAAGGCCAGUCCUUGUGUAAAUGGAGUGUGCAAGCCUGGCAUCUCAAGCUACAUUUGUGAGUGUUAUUCAGGGUGGACUGGCAUGAAUUGUACUGAAAACAUCAAUGAGUGCGCCAGUAACCCGUGUCAGAAUGGAGGCAUCUGUAUCGAUAAAAUCAGUGGUUACACAUGUAACUGCACCAGCGGAUGGACUGGAUUCCACUGUGAAUCCCAAACACAAGCUUGUGGGGGUGUUUUAAGUGGUUUAAACGGGACUUUGAGUUAUCCUACCAAUCCAGGCAAUGAAUAUUAUGGUGAAAAUAUAAGCUGCUCCUGGGUCAUAAAAACGGAGCCAAACAAGGUUCUGCGUAUUACAUUUCCAUAUUUCAACCUGGAGAUGAGUUCUAGAUGUAGUUUUGACUUCGUUCAAGUCCACGAUGGAGAAACAAUGUCAGACCACAUGCUGGGAAAGUUUUGUGGGGCCACUGUCCCAGAAGAACUAUUCAGCUCCCACAAUGCUUUAUAUAUCUGGUUCAAAUCGGAUCACAAGUUCAAUAAUGGAGGAUUUCGGAUUAACUGGGAAUCUCGGGACCCAGAGUGUGGAGCUCAACUCUUAGAAUCUCAUGGAACCAUAUUCUCCCCUGGUUAUCCUGGUAACUAUCCUCCUAAUCGAGACUGUUAUUGGACAAUCUCUGUCGAAGCAGGUCUUUUUAUCACCUUUGCCUUUGGCACGUUAAGUCUGGAGCAGAGCGACACCUGCGAGAACGAUUACCUGGAGAUUCGAGAUGGCCUUUUGUCCCAUGACCUGGUUAUUGGGAAAUAUUGCAGCACAAGUUCUCCAGCUCCUCUUCAGACAUCGGGUCCAUCGGCCUGGAUUCACUUUCAUUCUAACAGUAUGAUAUCAGACAAAGGAUUUUAUAUCAACUACAUAACCUCUUCAUCCGGCUCUGCUUGUGGAGGAACCUUCUCUGAUGUUGAGGGCUUCAUUAUGUCUCCAUCAUGGCCUGAUUCUUACACAGGACACAAGCAGUGUAUAUACCUUGUCAGACAGGCACCAAAUGAGAAGAUCAACCUUAAAUUUACUCACAUGGACCUGGAGAGCAGCCCUGGGUGCUCCCUUACUGUUAUGGAGGUUAAAGAUGGCAGUACAGAGACGGCGCCCUUGAUUGGCAGGUACUGUAACAGCACCAUCCCCGCUCCCAUCAUAUCAAGCUCAAACGCACUUUGGAUAAGAUUCAAGUCCGAUGCUUCAGCCACAAGUUCCAAAUUCCGGGCUUUUUAUCAAGUUGUAUGUGGCGGUUCACUGUCUGGAGUAGGAGUCAUCCGUACCCCUCAUUACCCCAAUCCAUACUAUCGGGAGAGGUCCUGUGAAUGGAUUAUUACUCAGCCAGAAGGGGAAAUGGUUAUGUUCAAGUUUGACUCUUUCAAUGUCUCCAGCAGCUCCGAAUGCAGCAACAAUUAUGUUGAGGUCAGAGAUGGCCCUUCUUCAGAGUCUGCUCUCAUUGGAAAAUAUUGUGGCUCGGAGGUGCCCCUAGCUAUUUAUUCAACUCAGAAGAGCCUGUACGUUCGGUUCCUUACUGACGCUUCCAGCACUAAUCAUGGCUUCUCGGCUACAUAUCGAUCCUUGAUAGAAGGUUGUGGAGGAACAAUGACCACCCCAGAGGGCACCAUUAAUAGCCCAGGUUACCCCAAUGUAUACCCGCAUGGUGUUAAUUGCAUGUGGCUUAUCUCAGUCCAGCCUGGAAAUUUAGUACGCUUAACCUUUUCUGUAUUCAACCUGGAUCAUUCCCAUUCAUGUCAAUAUGAUUAUGUGGAAAUAUAUGAUAAUUCAACAGAUACCUCAGGAAACAAGAUUGGAAGAUACUGUGGACGAUCCAUCCCUCCCACAAUAACCAGCAGUGACAGCACCAUGGUUGUAUUGCUUGUGACCGAUUUAAUGAUCGGUGCAGAAGGAUUUUCGGCUAACUAUGUAUCCAUCAAUGCGUCCACAGCCUGUGAUGUCACCUACACAGAAGCCACAGGCAUUUUCACGUCUCCAAACUAUCCGAAUAAAUAUCCCACCAACAGGGAAUGCGUGUACACCAUCAGCGCUGAGGUCAACAGGCAGAUUAUGCUGAACUUCACACGCUUCAGUCUGGAAAAAUCAACAAGUUGUACCAAGGAUUAUGUGGAAAUCAGAGACGGGGGCUAUGAAACAUCACCGUUAUUUGGACGGUUCUGUAAUGAAGGUCCCCCAGUAAUUAUUUCCCAUAGCAAUAAACUCUGGGUAAAAUUCAGAAGUGAUUCUACUAAUACAUAUGAUGGAUUUGAAGCCCAUUGGGAAAGCGCUGCCACAGGCUGUGGGGCAACCCUAACUGCUCUAUCUGGUGCUUUUACAUCUCCGAACUACCCCAUGCCAUAUUACCACAAUUCUGAAUGUUACUGGCUCCUGAAAUCUUCGAGCGGUAAUCUUCUUGAGAUUGAGUUCCAGCACUUCGAUUUGGAAUAUCACAUAAAUUGUGAUCGUGAUUAUCUUGCGGUAUACAAUGGCAACAGUACAAUUUCUAACUUGCUGGCCAAACUCUGUGGAAAGACACUUCCGGCUCCAAUUCUCUCCUCCUCAAAUGUUAUGUAUGUGAAGCUGAGGACAGAUAACUCCAUGGCAUCAAGCGGAUUCCUGGCCAAUUACAGACAAGUAUGUGAAGGAGUCUUGAUAAGUAACCGCAACCAAGGAAUCUUGGAGAGCCUAAACUACCCAGAUCUUUACCCGAACAACAAGCACUGCAACUGGACGAUACAGGCGACCGCUGGGAAUACAAUCAGCUACACCUUCAGGACCUUCCAGUUUGAAAGCAUUUGCUCUUAUGAUUACGUUAAGCUUUAUGAUGGACCUAAUGACCAAGCCAGACUUAUUGGGACUUACUGUGGAGAAAAGUUGCCUCCAGACGGCAUUACCAAUGGUACAAGCCUUCAUGUAGUCUUCCAGUCAGAUGGUGUCUCAGCACGUCGAGGAUUUCAGCUAUCAUGGAGCAUCAAUGGAUGUGGCGGAGAACUCUCUGGUCCUAAUGGUACAUUUAACAGUCCUGGUUACCCUAUGAAGUAUCCAAAUAACCGAGAAUGUAUCUGGUAUAUCACCACAUCCCCCAGAAGCAGCAUCGAGAUCAGUAUUCUGGAUUUUGAUGUAGAAUACCAUACAACGUGUAACUUUGACGUGCUGGAGAUAUAUGGUGGUCCUGAGCUGUCUUCUCCAAGGCUGGCUCAGCUCUGUACAUCUAGAGCACCGGGGAAUCCUCUGCAGGUCUCCAGCACUGGUAAUGCUGUGACGGUUUGGUUCAAGACUGACGACCUGGUGAAUGGAAAAGGGUUUAAUGCUACUUGGCGGGAAGUGCCCGGAGGUUGUGGAGGAAUUUUUCAAGCACCAAAUGGAGAAAUCCAUUCUCCAAAUUACCCAAGACCCUAUGAUGACAACACAGAGUGCUCAUGGCUGAUUCGAGUUGACCCUGGACACAGAGUCUUCCUCAACUUUACAGACUUUGACAUCGAGUACCACUUAGAAAUCUGCAACACUGACAGUGUCAAAGUUUAUGAUGGUGAAAACAGCGAUGCAGAACUACUUGCUACUCUGUGCGGAAGUCAAAUUCCCAGUGCAAUCACAUCAACUCAAAACACCAUGUUUGUCCGCCUGCGGUCUGACAGCAGCGACCGACGGAGAGGCUUCAGCGCCCGGUUUAGUGAAGCAUGUGGAAGCUCUAUUGUGGCCGACUCCAUUGGAGGCGUUAUUUCCUCUCCAUUGUAUCCCGUCAAAUAUCCAAACAAUCAGAACUGUUCAUGGAUUAUAAAAGCUCAGGAUCCUUUUAACCAUGUCACCAUUUCCUUCACGGACUUCCAAACUGAGGCCAGAAAUCAUAAUUGUUCUGAAGACUUUGUGGAGAUUUUUGAUGGAGAUAAUUAUGGCUCCCCUUCUCGGGGUCGGUUUUGUGGCGCAGCAAUACCACAUCCAGUGACAUCUUUCAGUAAUGCUCUUGUGCUUAGAUUCGUGUCUAAUGCCAACACAAACGGGAAGGGCUUCCAUGCCUCGUACUCAGCAUCAUUGUCAGCAUGUGGAGGAACUUUACAUAUGGAGAACGGAGCAUUUAACAGUCCCAGUUACCCGGACAAUUAUCCGGCCAGUACGGAGUGUGUUUGGACCAUUCUCAGCUCUCCUGGAAACCGGCUCAUGCUGUCUUUCAUGUCAUUCUCACUCCAGCUGAGCGACAACUGUUUAAGUGAUUAUGUGGAAAUUAGAGAAGGAAAUGACACAGGCCUCUUCUUAGAACGUUUCUGUGGAAACACAUUGCCAAGUAAUGUCACCUCCAUCGUUGGUCAUAUACUUUGGGUAAAGUUUGUGUCUGAUGCUUCUGGCAGCGGCUCUGGAUUUCAAGCCAUUUUCUCCCACUUAUUUGGGAACAAUAUAGAAGGCACUUAUGGACAAAUUGCAUCUCCGCUGUGGCCCCGGCAGUACCCGCACCAUUCUAACUACAUUUGGAAAGUUAACGUGGAAUCGGGCAGUAUCAUUGAGAUUAGAAUUUUGGAGAUCGACAUUGAAGACCAGGCAACCUGUAGUUUUGACAAACUUCAAAUAUUUGAUGGACCCGACACCCACUUUCAUAUAAUAGGCACAUAUUGCGGGGUUGCUCCUCCUCCUUCCCUCUUCUCCUUCGGUAGCACAGUGACCAUUCAGUUCCUUAGUGACAACAGUAUCAGCAAAAGGGGAUUUCUGCUGGAAUGGACUGCAGUCAAUGCAUCACCUGAGCCAGUGCCUACCAUCACUCCAGGUGCAUGCGGUGGAGCUUUACAGACCGGAGAAACACCACUAUUUCUUUUCUCUCCUGGAUGGCCCAAUAUGUACCCUUCGAGGAUUGUAUGUACCUGGGUGAUCCGGUCUCCUGAGUCCACGGUGGAGCUGAAUCUCCUGUCAGCGGAUAUUGAAGCACACAGCACGUGCAAUAAUGACAAGCUGGUCAUCAGAGACGGAGACAACAACAUUGCCCCCAUACUUGCCACCAUCUGUGGUCGGGAGGUUCCUGGACCAAUACGAUCAACCGGAGAAGCUAUGUUCUUGUAUUUUGCCUCUGAUGCAAGUGUUUCUGGGAGAGGGUUCAAUGCGUCUUAUCAUCGAAGCUGUGGUGGAUAUCUGCAUGCCAACAGAGGAGUGAUAACCUCGCAGAAUUACCCCGAAAACUACGUUCCCAAUCUGAACUGCACGUGGCACGUGAUGGUCACCGUCGGCUUCACAAUUGCGUUCCAUUUUGAACAAACAUUUGAAGUCCUGAACAACGAUGGUUCCUGCGGCAGCGGAGACUUCAUAGAGCUGAAAAACGGCGCAGAUGAGUCAUCCCCUCCGCUUGGAAAUGGGAAAUUCUGCGGCAGGAACGCUCCGUCCACCAUGCAUACCACCGACAACGAACUCUUUGUCCGAUUCAUCACAGACGCCAGUAACGAAGGGAAAGGGUUUAGGCUCGCAUACGAGGCAAAAAGUCUAGCCUGUGGAGGAACCAUCUACGUCACAGACUCCGAUCCUAAUGGUUUAAUUACAUCACCAAAUUAUCCCAUUGCCUAUCCUCGUAAUACCGAAUGUGUGUGGACCGUCAUAGUGCCGAAUGGUGAAGCGGUGCAGAUCGACUUCCAAGAUCGGUUCCACAUUGAGCCCUCCGACAACUGCAGUAACAGUUACCUGGAAUUAGGAGACGGCGCAGAUUCUAACAGUAGGCCCCUUGCAAAACUGUGCGGGAACACACUGCCAGUCACCUAUAAAUCUCUAGGCACUGCUAUGUACCUGAGGUUCAGAACAGACGGCAGCACACCUCGCGCAGGAUUCAGUGCCAACUAUUCUAUUGCUACUUGUGGAGGAACUAACUACGGGGAGAGUGGAAUUAUCCAAAGUCCUGGCUACCCGACCCAGAAUUACCCGGACUCCUCUUUGUGUGAAUGGUUCUUCAAUGGCCCCACAGGACAUUACCUUAUCAUAAGAGUUGAGUCUCUGGAUCUUCAGAAUUCAUCAGAUUGCCUAAGUGACUUUGUGGAAAUCCGUGAAUAUAAUGCAUCUGGGAAACUAUUGGGAAAGUUUUGCAAUAACAUAGUACCAGAUGAGGUGAGGACCUCCGAUAGCUUCGCCUAUGUGAAAUUUGUCAGCGAUGGAUCUGUGAAUGCCAAGGGAUUCCGUCUCCACUAUGAAGCCAGUGCAGAAGAAUGUGGAGGAGACAUUAAUGGAAUCACCGGAACCUUCAAAUCUCCAAAUUAUCCCAAUUUGUACCCUCACAAUCGGGUUUGUGAAUGGAGAAUAACAGUACCGGAGGGCAGACGUGUGACACUGACAAUAAACGACCUACAACUACAAGACCACCAGAGCUGUAAUUACGACUACGUGGCUGUGUACAAUGGUUAUCGUCAUCAGUCUCCACUUUUGGAAAAACUUUGUGGUAACGUAGCCCAAGAUACAAUAAUUAGAUCUUCAGGAAAUACCAUGAAAGUAUUAUUUAUCACAGAUGGGUCCGUAUCCAGCGGAGGAUUCCAGGCGAAAUUUAUGUCAAUGGAGGAUGCAGUUUGCGGUGGGCCUCUCAUAGGACCUACUGGAGGAAAUUUCACAUCUCCGGGAUAUGACCGGUUCCAGAAUUACACAAAGAACCUAAACUGUGAAUGGACUAUUCAGAAUCCAAAUGCGUAUAACUCAUCUACAUACAUGGAGUUCACGACUCUACAGCUGGAACCUCAUCAGAACUGCCAGAAGGAUUUUAUCGAAAUCCGCAUAGAUGACGCAGAAGGCGAGGUUAUCAGCAGAGUGUGUGGAAGGACAAAGCCAUCCAUCCCGCUUGCUCUUGUCGCUCCCAGGAUCUGGGUGCAUUUUGUAAGCGAUGCAGAAGUGGAAGCUCUGGGAUUUGUUGCUGUAUAUUCAUUUACAGGUUGUGGUGGAAUACAGAGCGGGGAGUCUGGAGUUGUAGCUAGCCCUAACUAUCCUGACAAAUAUCCAGCUCUCAGCCACUGCGCCUGGCACCUAGAGGCCCCCGAAGGGCACACCAUUACCAUGUCUUUUGCCUCUUUCGACCUGGAGUAUCAUUCGGUCUGCCGCUGGGAUUCGGUCACGCUCGUGAACGGCGCUUCACCCGGAUCCCCCAUGAUAGGACAAUAUUGUGGCACCACUUCCCCUGGGACUGUACGGUCCGGAUCCAACAAACUAUUAGUCAUUUUCAAUGCUGAUCACUCAGUAAAUGGUGGAGGGUUUUAUGCUAACUGGACAUCGGACUCCUUAGGGUGUGGUGGUUACAUCCACGCAGAUAGCGGUCAUAUAAAAUCUCCAGGCUGGCCACUAAAUUUCCCCACCAACAGCAGGUGCACAUGGACGAUCCAAACGCAUGAGAGCGGCCAUUUUGAACUGACAUUUAAUGAGAACUUCAAUAUUCCUGAUAGCAGCGGACAAUGUGAAAGAAGCUAUGUGAAGGUAUGGAGUGGUACUGAAGAGACAGAUGAGGUCCUGUUGUCCACAGCCUGUGGAAAUACCGUCCCCGGUCCUAUCAUCUCCCCCGGCAGUAUUGUGAAAAUAAUGUUCCAGUCACAAGACGGUCAAGGAAACGGCUUCAUGACCAACUUCGGCAGCAGAUGUGGCUCAAACUUCACAAAACCGAGCGGCCGAAUCGUUUCUUCAAAUUAUCCAAACAAAUACGAGAACAACCUGAACUGCAAUUAUACCAUCCAGGCGGAUGACGACAUGUUCAUAGUCCUCACCUUCCUCACCUUUGAACUUGAGUACAAUGUAUUAUGUAACAGGGACAGAGUGAAAAUAUUCAGCGGAGUCUCAACUUCAGGAAGCCCCCUGGCGACCUUCUGUGGUGACACCAUACCUGCACCCGUCAGCAGUAGAGGAACUAUGUCAAUUAAUUUCUAUACAGACUCUAACGUAGCCAUGCAUGGAUUUAUGGCUACCUACAGGCUAUACUCUUGUGGAGGAACAUUUAACAGAACUUCUGGCACCAUAAGGAGCCCAACUCAUUCAUUCACCAACUACCACAACAACAUGAACUGCACCUAUCUCCUCACCGCAGAAGAGAACAAGAUCAUAGAACUUAAAUUCAAUGAGUUUGAUGUAGAGGGGUCGGGUUCCUGUACAUAUGACCACGUUUCGGUCUACGAUGGAUCAGACAUCUAUGCCAAACGUUUUGGCAAGUUCUGUGGGAAAGUUCUGCCUCCGGUUAUAAGAAGCUCGAGCAAUCGUCUGUUCCUGGUCUUUUAUACUGACAGUCAUGUUAGUGCUGGUGGCUGGAGAGCCUCCUAUAGACAGACAUUAGGACCUGAACAAGGAUGUGGCGGGUACCUGACUAAUGCCACUGGGCGAUUUGGCUCUCCAGACUCAAAUGGUGAUGGGAAAUAUGACAAAAGCCUGGAUUGUGUUUGGAACAUUGUUGCCCCCACAAAUCAGCUAAUAAACCUGACAUUCAGCUCCUUCUUUUUGGAGGCGCAGUCCCAAGGAUCCUGCAGAUAUGAUUUUGUCAAAAUAUUUGAUGGCAGCAGCACUAAUAGCAGUUUACAAGGCACAUUCUGCGGCUCUGACACUCCAGCGCAUUUUGUCUCUUCAAGCAAUUCUCUCACAGUGUGGUUCUUCAGUGACUUCACCGUGGAGCGGGAAGGCUUUAAUGCCACGUAUAUCAUGAACGACUUAAUAUGUGGAGGGAUCUACAACGCAACAUCGUCUAUGACAACUGCAUUGUCACCUAAUUAUCCUAAUUCCUACCCACCAUUCACAUACUGCAUCUGGACCAUUGACUCUCCGGAGAAGGAGAAUGUAAAAGUCAAGAUUCAGUCCUUCCACCUCCAGGCUGAGCAAGAUUGCUCCAAUAACUACUUAGAGGUUAAGGACUCACCUUUGGGUGACCUCGGACAGGCUCAUAGAUACUGCGGCACUGAAACAUAUGAAAUACCAGAGUUUUAUUCCUAUGGACGAACAGCUGUUGUCACCUUUAAGUCGCAGGAAUUUGUGUCUGGCAAUGGGCUUAGUUUUACAUAUCAAAUCUCAAACUGUAGCCGGGAAUACAACCAGUCAUUUGGGUACUUGAAAAGUCCAGGCUGGCCGGGGAGUUACCCAAACAAAGUGGAAUGUGACAUAAUCCUCAGGGCUCCGGAGAACCACUCAAUAUCUCUCUUCUUCCAUUCAUUUCAUCUAGAGAAAGUUGGUUCAACAUGUUACGACUACCUAGACGUGAGGAACGGAAGCUCUCGUGAUUCUCCGCUGCUCGGUACAUAUUGUGGAAACAGUCUCCCUAACCCAAUAUUUCACAGAAAUAAUCUUCUCCAUCUGUUUUUCAAGUCUGAUAUUAUCACAUCUAGAGAGGGAUAUGAGAUUAUCUGGACGUCCUCUCCAGCAGGUUGUGGAGGGACCUUGUUUGGUGAUCACGGCUCAUUUACCAGUCCUGAAUAUCCUGCGAGUUACAGCAACAACACAGACUGCGAAUGGACCAUAGCUGCUCCUUCCAGGAGGGCGGUCAGCAUAAGCUUCGAUGCAUUUAGCAUGGAUGAUCCAGGAGAUUGCGAGAAAAAUUUCCUCAGGAUUUACGAUGGACCAGACCCCACCUCGCCGCUCAUCAGAACAUUUUGUGGAUUGGAUGGAAACAUAGCAUCGUUCAACACCACAUCUCAUCAUGUGUUCAUCAAAUUUCAUGCCGAUUACGCUGUGAUUCCGUCAUAUUUUAGAAUUGUCUGGAGCUCUUAGAGAGGGAAAGAAGCCGUGGAGACGGAAACUCACACUGGGUUUACAUAUUACACUGGUAUCG